AUGUCGGGAGAUACUGAGGUAGAUGAUCCUGAGGUUUCGGAUGGCGCCUCGGAGAAUGAGUAUAGUGAUCAUGAGCAAGAGCCCGAUGUUGUAGGCAAAGAGGAGGACGAUAAUUCGGAUAUGGCCGAGCAGAAGUUCAACGUUGAUGAGAAUGGCAAGGCGGCCGGAUCGACAGCAACAAAGCCAAAGCUUGAUCCGAAAGAUCCAUUGAGGCCGAGGAGGAAGAAAGCAAGACGAGCUUGCUUUGCCUGUCAAAGAGCUCACUUGACAUGUGGUGAUGAGCGUCCUUGUCAACGUUGUAUCAAGCGUGGUCUCGCUGAUGCUUGUCAAGAUGGUGUCAGAAAGAAGGCAAAGUAUCUCCACGAUGCUCCUCCAGAAGCUCUUCGACCUGUUUUAGGCCCGAAUUACAAUCAAGUCAACAGCAAUAACAGAACAAGCAACAACGGGCCCACCGUAAUCAAUACCACUACAUCAGAAACUUCACCGAACGUCGGUGGAGGGUUCUUCACGCAGGCCGAUACUUCACCAUCAUAUCCCAUCUUCACAACUCAGCAGAAUCCUAUGCCUCCUCCACUUCAGUCGAGAUUGUCUUAUGGCAGUCAACAGUCUCCGAUAUCUCCAACAUUCCAGCAACUGAAUCGACAGAACUCAUUGCAGAGUUUAUCAAUGCCUCAAGUAUCCAAUGAUGUACAGCCAUUUGGCGGGGCAUUGUUUGAUCCCAGCAAUCCGGCUCUAUUCAACUUUGACCUCGAGGGCUUGAAUUUUGGCAACCACUACGGUGCAUUGGAGUUUGGCAUGUUAGGACACAUGGCUUCAGGAUCUGCUGAAACACCACCGAAAGACCAGUCUGGAUCAAUUUCUUCGCAAGGAAUGGGCGAUGUGAGCUUCAAUAAUGGAGCCGUCUUCGGCAACAACAUGAACCAGUAUGGAGGAUUGUAUGGGCAGGAUGUGAUGCAAGAUUUCCAGAUGCCAUACGUUCACCACGGUCUACCGCAUGCAUACGCUAUUGCAGCUGGUCCUACGAGUCACCACAGUCCGAGCACAGAUGCAAGUCCAGGGGCAAGUGGCAUGGGUUUUGAUAGUUCACCGACAACGACGAACUACACGCCAAGCACAACACCACAUCCUUCUAGCGCCUCCCAAAGACCUGCAAAGCGACAAGACACAAAGUCCAUGUCAGGCAAGUUUGGGCCCGCCGCUGUUCUUGGCAAACGUACUCGAGAUCCUUCAUCAAUCUACGAUACCGUCCAUGAGCCCUAUCCCUAUACGUCUGGCUUUCAUAGCCUCACGGCUUUCCUCCAACGCCGCUUUUCUGCCACAAAGACUCUUCGAAUCGCCAAAUCACUAGCUUCUAUCCGGCCAUCAUUCAUCUCGUGUACGAAGACUCUGAAUCGACAAGAUUUGAUCUUCAUGGAGAAGUGUUUCCAACGGACUCUUUUCGAGUACGAGGACUUCAUGCUCAACUGCUGUACACCGACUCUAGUAUGUCGUCGAACAGGCGAAGUCGCAGCUGUGAAUAAGGAGUUUACACUCUUGACUGGCUGGAAGAAAGAUGUCUUACUUGGCAAAGAACCAAAUCUGAAUAUCAACACCGGGAAGAGUAGUUCUGAGAGCUCUGGACUGAAUAGUCUCAACAAUACAGGUCGAGCUGGUCUGGCAACUCCCAGGAUGCGACCACUCAGCUUGUCGGAACAGCAGACGAAGGAAGGAAGACCUCAGCCGGUAUUCCUUGCCGAACUAUUAGAUGAUGACAGUGUGAUAGAGUUCUACGAAGACUUUGCUCGAUUGGCGUUCGCAGAUACUAGAGGAAGCGUUACGACACGAUGUAGGUUACUCAAAUACCAGACCAAAGACGGAGAAAGCCAGUCGCCAGAGCAGAAACAAGAGGAGAUCAAUAGAAAUAAGAAGAGAGAAGUGAGUGGUGGUAUUGGUGGAAUGGGGAAUAGAGUAAGAGAGAUUGAUGGCGAACAUGGAAUUGGCAGGUUGGAGAAAGAUGGGAAGAUGGAUUGUAGUUAUUGUUGGACGGUCAAGAGGGAUGUUUUUGAUAUCCCGAUGUUGAUUGUUAUGAACGUGAGUACUUCCUCUGCGCUUCAUCUCAAGAUGCAAUGCUAA